AGGAAAGGAAAGGGAAGGGAAGGAAGCCGAGGGGCGCGGCGCGGCCGGCGCGGGCGGGCAGCGGCGGCGGUGCGGCUCUGCCCGGCCCGGCGGCGGCGGGAGAGAUUAUUUUUACUACUGAAAAGGAACUGCAAUGGAGAGUACGGUAUCAGUUAUUUUCCUUGUAUCGUUUUCCAUACUGCUGUGUGAAAGUUACCAUCAUGGAGUGGAGACAGCUACUGUUGUGCAUACAUCAGAGAGAGCUUUUCCAGAAAAGACAGUGGGUGUUAAUACUGACUUGGCAGGACUAAUACAGAAGUUGCACCUUCAAGAACUCUUUAAUCGUUACGGAGAAAACAACUCUCUGUCAAUUGAUGGGUUUAGAAAGCUGCUACAGAACAUAGGUAUAGAUAAAAUGAAAAGGAUUAAAAUGAGCCACGAUCAUGAUCACGAUCAUGAUCAUGACCACAAUCACGACCAUCAUGACCACAGUCACGACCAUCACGACCAUGACCAUGAUCAUCACUCUCAUCAUAAUCACGUUUCAUUGAGUAAAAGCUCUGAGAAGGCUGCGUGUCCGAACCACGACUCUGAUGCUGGCAAAGCCCACAGGAGCGGCCACGGGAAGGAGCCCCACAAGGCCGAGAGCGUGGAGCGGCAGCAGAACCUCGUGCGCAGCAAGAGCGCGGCUCUCGAGCUCACGGCGCCCGCCGUCGCCGAGCCCCAGAGCGCGCAGCCCGGGGACGGCAGGACGCUUCUCGGCGUGCCCGCUGGCCCUGGGGCACCCAAUGCCACCGCCGGCCGCAGUGCCACCAAGGCCAACGAAUCGCACGCUUCUCCGAAGGAACUGGAGAGAGGGAGCAACCUCUAUUCUAAACUGAAGAGACAAAGCACUCAGGAGUGCUCCAAUGCAUCCAGACUGAUGCAGACGCAUGGAAUAGGCACUCAAGUAUUGUUGACUGCUACAGAAUUUAGUUAUCUCUGUCCAGCUCUUAUUAAUCAGAUCGAUGGCAAAUACUGCAUAGUCCAUGCUACCAGUGAAAAAGCUGAAACUCCUCCAAAAAGUUACUCCCUGCAAAUAGCUUGGAUUGGUGGCUUUAUAUCCAUCUCUGUCAUCAGCUUUCUUUCCUUGCUGGGUGUUAUUUUGGUACCACUGAUGAAUCGAGUAUUUUUCAAAUUUCUUCUGAGUUUUCUUGUGGCAUUGGCUGUGGGGACCUUGAGUGGAGAUGCCUUCUUACACCUCCUUCCACACUCUCAUGGAAACCAUCAUCAUCACCACGAAAAGCCUGUGCUUGAUCAAAAAGGCUCUAUGUACAAGCAUCUUGUUUUUCAAAGUACAGAGGAGAGUGCUUACCUGGAUUCUACAUGGAAAGGACUUACAGCACUUGGAGGCUUGUACUUCAUGUUUCUAGUGGAGCAUUUGAUCACUUUAAUAAAGCAGUUUAAAGACAAGAAGAAAAAGAAAAAAAACGAAGAUGAUGGAGAAAGUAAGAAGUUUUCGGCAAAUGAAGAAAAGUUGGAUACGGAUGAUCGGCCCGAAGGCUAUCUAGGAGUGGAUUCUCAAGAUCCAUCAACCUUCAUUUCUCAGCAGCCAACUGUACAAGAGGAAGAAGAAGUGAUGAUAGCUCAUUCUCAUCAAGAGGAGGUUGACAAUGAAUAUGUGUCCAGGGGCUGUAGAAACAAAUGCCACUCUCACUUGCACGAUACUCUAGGACAGACAGAUCAUCUAAGUCACCACCACCAUGACUACCAUCACAUCCUGCACCACCAUCACCAUCAGAACCAUCAUCCCCACAGCCACAGUCAGCGCUACUCGCGCGAAGAGCUGAAGGACGCGGGGAUAGCAACUCUGGCGUGGAUGGUGAUCAUGGGAGAUGGACUACACAAUUUUAGUGAUGGACUGGCGAUUGGAGCAGCCUUUACUGAAGGGUUUUCUAGUGGUUUAAGCACUUCUGUGGCUGUAUUUUGCCAUGAAUUACCUCAUGAGCUAGGAGAUUUUGCUGUCCUGCUAAAAGCUGGCAUGACUGUCAAGCAAGCUGUGCUUUAUAACGCUCUGUCAGCAAUGCUGGCUUAUCUUGGUAUGGCAACUGGGAUCCUUAUUGGUCAUUAUGCAGACAAUGUUUCAAUGUGGAUAUUUGCACUUACUGCUGGCUUGUUCAUGUAUGUGGCUCUUGUGGAUAUGGUACCUGAAAUGCUCCACAAUGAUGCCAGUGACCAUGGAUGCAGCCGGUGGGGAUACUUCCUGUUACAGAAUGCUGGGAUUCUUCUGGGUUUUGGGAUAAUGCUGCUUAUAUCAGUAUUUGAACACAAGAUUGUAUUCAGCAUAAACUUGUAAUCCUGGUUGCCAGGAGGACACCUUGGUGUUAAAUUAUAAGUGGUAGGGGUGGGUUUUUUUCUACAAAUUUCCUUAUUGGAAAGGUACGUUUAAUAUAGACUAGAUUUUUUUAUUGGUGUGCUUUGACUUCCUGUACUUCCCUCCCUCCUUGCCUGAUAGAAAGAAACACUGUAAAGUUUGGGGGUUUUUGGGGGUUUAUUUGUUUGUUUGUUUGUUUUUAAUUGUGGUUUUUUACUUGGGAUUUAGCAUUGCUUGUGGUACUGUGGAAAGUGGUACUUAGUAAAACAUGGCCAAAUCUAUAUUAUUUGUAAUGUCUGGGGGGGGGGGGUUAGUUUGGUUUUUUUUUACUGAAUUUAUUUACUGUAUGUAAUUAUAUGUAAUGUUUUUUACUUCAGUGUUUUUUUUUUUGGUUUAAAGAGGUAAAAUAAAAGUGGUUUUUAUUUUAGCAUAAUUAAAAUCAGUGGAUACAAAGCACAGUGAGCAAAGUAAGACAACCAUUACAUGUCUUGUAAUGUGUCUUGUUAGCAUGUGUUUAUUGGUAAAAACUCAUCUCUUCUGCAUCCACCUGGUUUAUAUGGAAAGGCAGAGAAGUCCAUUCCGUCCUUGUGGUGCUGGUUCUCUCAGUAGCUUGUGGAUUCCUGUGUCUUAUUCCAGUUGGUUUCUACUCCAAACAAAUCAAUGUAAAACCACGUUCUAAGUGUUUACAUCAAAUGUUUAACUUGUUUCAUCCCUUCUGAUAUGAGCUCUUCACUGAUUUCUCAAAUCAGCAAUUAAAGCCCAGCUCUUAAACUGCCAAAGCUUUAAGAUAUGUGAAUUCCAUCAAAAAGACUUUAAAAGCAGUGCUGUACUUACUGUUCAGCAUUUACACUGCCUGAAGUGACAAAGCCUGUUUGAUAUCAGGAGGGAGGAGUGCUACAGGCUUAGAUAAACAGUCAUUUCCUACAACAGCUUCCUGAAGUUAAGUCUUGAUUUACUUUAGGAAAAUGAGCUGUGUGGGAGAGCUGCCUACUUCUAGUUCAGUGCACACAACCUGUGCUAUAUUUUUUUGCAAGAAAUAAUAAUAAAAAAAAAUCCUUGGUAGCAUAUCUAGCAGUGUGUUAAGGAUAAAAAGUGUAUACUGAAAUAUGUCAUUUAAGCCUACAGUCUUAAUAUGUUUAACCACCCUGAAUGUCACUGAAGGAAUAAGGUUGAAAAAAACAAUAGCAAAAUGAAUUCUGCAUUUGCAGGGAAGGUGAACAUGUCAAAGUUGUUUAAUUAUGAAUAAAUAACAGAAUUAUGCUGUCUUACUAGCUAGCUUUAAAAGUCCCAGAAAUAAAAUAAUUAGAACCUAUUUCUCAUCCACUGCUUCAAAUCAUCAGCUGAAUAAAAAGCUUGAACAACAAGAGAAAUGUUUGAUAAUAUUGUGUAUGACAGGUUAAAACAGUUUGUUGGCUUGUCAUACAAUGGAAGCCGGGAACCAUUCUAUCACCUCAGAAAAUAGAUGUUUUCAAUUGAGAGGUUUGAGGGUUUUAGGAGUUGAGAAAUGGGUACCACAGGAGUUUUUGCAAUCACUGGACUAUUAGCUUCUUCUCCUUCAGCCUUUCCUCAGGUUAGCAAGAUUGAUAUUUACUUUUCUGCUCACACUGAUGAAAUCCUGUUCUGCGCCUCCUUUGAAGCCAGGGGUUACAAAGGUGUACUUCCUUCAGCUCUCCUAAUGCAUCCCUGUGUCCUAGCAGGCUUUUUAGGGCUUGGGCACAGUGUUUUACCCAUGAUGUGGGAAAGUUCCAUAAAUGCAGUGCACUUCAGCCCAUGGGGCUUCCACCUUCUGCACUGCAAUCCUGUCUGCUACAGAAAUCCGUCAUCUCUGUAGUCCUGGGGGAUUUCAGACUUGGAUGAGCUCAGUUUGCCUUUAAUUUUUCACUGAUGGUUUCUGUUAGCCUACAGCCAUAAUAGCUGCCAGUUCAGGUGGACUUCUCUUGUCUGGAUAUGACACAGGAAGUGGGCAGGUAGCCUACUGUUGCUCGAAAGGUUUUAAGAUCAAUGACUAAAUGAUGGAGAUAAAUCUACAAAUUUCAGUGUUUCCAGUGGGUUCUUGGCUGGCUUUCAGUGUACUCAACUGACAUUAAAAUAUCCACAUAUCAAAAAACAUUGCCAAUUUAAGAAUAAGGGAUUGAACUGCCUUUCAUGCAGUGGGCAGGUGGGCAGAAAUGGUUCUGUCCUGUACACAAGCAUAUUCCACCCAUUCAGUGCUCUUCAGUCAUUGAUGAAGAAAUGUCCAUGACAGGUAACUGUCAAAACUGAUAACUGACAAGGCUACAGACUAAAACUUGCUGUAGAUUUGUAUCAGCAGGAUGACAAAAGGUUGGUUGUUUUGUUUGUUUUGGGCUGGUUUGUUUUGUUUUAUUUUCUCUUUGUCAGCCUUAUGAAGUAGAACCUGCAUCUGUUGCAAUGUACUCCUGUUGGAAAUACUUAUGGUUUGGCAAACUGGUGGGACAGAGGCUCUAAGCAGCCCCUUUUUUUUUUUGUUGUUUUUUUGUUUGGUUGGUUUUUUUGUUUUUUGUUUUUUUCUGCAGCAGUUAUUAAUGUGCCUGGCUACUCUUGAAAAUAAAUGCAAGUGUCUGCUUUGUGUAUCCAUCUGUAGCUUAAUAAUGGUACAUACCUUAAUUGUUUUGAUGUUACAGCUGCCUUUAGUGCCUGUGCUAGAUGCAGGUAAACAGCUUAGGGAAACGGUGCUGGAAUCAAUUAUGUUUUGAGUUUUUUUCUGUAACAUAUUCUAAUGGUUUUUGCCUGUAUUUGCACAGAAGAGGUGUGUGUUACUUUGGGCAGCAAGAGUCAGAGCAGAGGUGUGGAGGUUCUCAAGCUCUCCGCUGCCUGCCCUGUGGGGAUCAGGUGCUGGUGCGGUUUCUCUGCAUCCUUUGUGCCUAAUUGUGAUGCCACGUGUGUUGUGAGAAUGCAACUGUUUUAUCCUGAUAGAAAACACAGCCCGGGCGGAAGGGGAAUUCAAAGGCUGAAACGGAAUUCAGAGGCUGAAAUGGAAUUCAGAGGCUCUCCUGCUGCCUGAUCUGAGACGCCAGUGCAGUUAACAUCUCUGUGGAAAAACUGGGUCGUUCUGUUUUCCACGAGCAGGAAGAAAAAGAUGUUUUAAUGGAUUGUUUGUUUUUUGUUGUUUUUUAAUUUAAAGCACGUUUAUAUAUGGUCACUGUAGCUGUUGCUGUAUAGCUGUAUGCGAGAGAAAAUAAACGACAGAACCAGA